AUGGCGGAGCAACAGAAGAGUGAAUUCUCAGAAUCAGCAGCAGCAGCCCACAAAGCCCACUGUUUGGUUGUCCCGAUUCCAGGGCAAGGCCACAUCAGCCCAGUCCUCCAAUUCUCCAAGCGCUUAAUCCCCAAACGAAUCCGGGUCACCAUCGCCCCGACCCGAUUCAUCGCCAACACCGCCACCCUCACCGGCGCCGCCGGGAGCGACAUCCAUCUCAGCCCCAUCUCCGACGGCUACGACGAAGGCGGAAUCGCUUCCGCCGAGGACGGCCAGACCUACUUCGACACGUUCCAGCGAGUGGGUUCCCAAACCCUGGCCGAUCUAGUCCGUCAACAAAGGAAUUCAGGCCACCCUGUCCACUGCAUCGUCUACGACCCUCACCUUCCGUGGUGUCUCGACGUCGCCAAAGCCUUCGGCCUCAUCGGAGUCGCCUUCUUCACUCAAUCAUGCGCCGUCGACGCCAUAUUCUCCCAUGUUCAUGACGGACUCCUCAAUCCUCCCGUCCAAACCCCAGAAACCCUUACAAUUCCUGGAUUGCCGCCAUUGAAGCCUCGAGAUCUUCCUUCUUUCGUUCACGACGCAUCGUACCCGGCCUUCCUCGCCGCCAUGGUCGGUCAAUUCUCCAAUAUUCACAAUGCCGAUUGGGUUCUCUGCAAUUCGGUUUACGAGCUGGAAACAGAGGCGGCGGAUUGGCUUUCGAAGCUCUGGCCCAAUUUCAAAACAAUUGGGCCGACUAUACCGUCGUUUUAUGCCGACAACCGAUUGGUCGGCGACAAAGACUACGGUGUCAGCUUCUUCAAGCCGGAGAAUGGAGCUUGCAAUGAUUGGCUUCGUACCAAGCCGAAAGGGUCUGUUGUGUACGUGUCAUUCGGAAGCAUGGCCGAUUUGGGAACAGAGCAAAUUGAGGAACUCUGUUUCGGGUUGAAGAAUAGUAACCAUUACUUCUUGUGGGUGGUGAGGGAAUCCGAAGAGGGCAAGCUUCCUAAGAGGUUUAAGUCCGAAACCGCGGGGAAAGGGCUAAUCGUGUCGUGGUGUUCGCAGCUGGAGGUGCUGGCGAGCGGGGUUGUGGGGUGUUUUGUGACGCAUUGCGGAUGGAAUUCGACGAUGGAGGCUCUAAGUUUGGGAGUGGCCAUGGUGGCCAUGCCGCGGUGGACUGACCAGACGACCAAUGCUAAGUUUAUAACGGAUGUUUGGGGAGUGGGAGUGAGAGCUGAAGGUGAGAACGGGGUGGUGAAGAGGGAAGAGAUUGAGAGAUGUGUGAGGCAAGUCAUGGAGGGAGAGAAAGGAGAAGAGAUUAGGAAGAAUGGUGAGAAGUGGAGAAAGUUGGUGCAGGAGGCUGUUAGUGAAGGUGGAAGUUCUGAUAGAAACAUUAACGUGUUUGCUCAAAGCUUAAUACUUUCUUCCCAGAACGAUGCUUAG